AUGUUGCGGCCCAGCUGCGCCCACCUUCGGCUCCGAGUGGCGCCUCGUGGGCUUUGCCUCGGCUGGCGACUGCGCUGUCCGCCAGGUCGAGCCUUCGGCUCCGAAGGCGACGAGGUGCGGGAGCUGGAUCCACAUGGCCCAAAGGGGCCAAAGGCCUUCAACGGUGAGCCAUCGACCUCCAGUAGCAAUGCCAUCACAUCCUUCACUGGCGGCUUGCCCAUGAGCCGGGACUUUGACUUGCGGCAGUCGUUCAGAAAGUUCCCGCUGCACAGGGAUGUGCAGCUUGGAUUGAUGAAGAUGGGUGUGUCGGUGCCAACACGUGUACAAGAUCUGACGAUACCGAUGCUUAUGGAAGGCGUGUCGACUUUCAUCCUGGCACAGACCGGCACGGGCAAAACUCUGGCCUAUGUGCUUCCGAUUGUGCACAAACUGCUCUCCACCAACACGGAAGGCUUCUUCCCAAAGAGCAGAAAACCAAGAGCCAUCAUCGUGCAGCCCACUCGCGAACUGGCCCUGCAGACCAUCAGAGUCGUCCGAAAUUUCCCUGUCAGGUCAGUGGUCUGUGCUCCGAGCUGCUCCUUUGUCAAGGAGACCCAAGCUCUUUUUGCCGGAGUUGAUGUGGUCGUGACUACACCGUUUCGCCUCAUCUUGCACCUCGGAAAAGCUGACAUGGUCUUGAAUGAGGUCCGACACGUGGUGUUUGACGAGGCAGACACGUUGUGCGACACUUUCUAUGAGAAGGACUCCAGCAAGCUUCUGCAGGGGUUGGAGGAGGAUUGUCCAACGAAGCCGCAGGUGAUAAUUGUCGGUGCCACUCGCACUGGAGCUGUGUCGGCGUUUUUGCGCAAGCAUAUGAACAACACGCAGGUCAUGCCAGUGGUUACAACCGAUGCUCACGUGCCGCCACCACACCUGGAGCAGGUAUUUGUUCCCACCCGCGGCAAGCGCUUGCUGUCAGUGUUGUGGGACGUUCUUGGAGAGGUUCCAACUGUCGGGAAGAAGACGCUGAUUUUCACCAAUCGCGCGCCGACGUGCAAGGUCGUACACAAAAGCCUUCUGGAGCACGGAAUGAAUGCUGUGUGUUUGCACGGCAACGUGCACCCGGACAAGCGCAAGCAGGCGUGGGAGGCCUUCGGCAAAGCAAAAGCGGACGUUAUGGUUUGCACGAACUUGGCCUCUAGGGGCUUGGAUUUCAGCCAUGUGCACCACGUUGUGAUGUACGACUUCCCCCUGAACAUGGCUGAUUACUUGCAUCGAGUUGGGCGCACAGCUCGUGGCGGCCGCGCUGGAAGAGUGACCACAAUCACUCCCAGACGAUACUGGCCUUUCGUCUCGAAAAUCCAGGAGGCCACAAAGCAAGGAAAGCCCAUUGAAGUCCGCAACAUGUCCAAAAAGGUCAAGAAGAUACUGGCAAUCGAGAACUACCAAAAGGUUCUGCAGGCACGCGACAUCAGAAAGAGCGUAAAACAAAGGCUAAAGAAGCGGCUCGGCCUACCACCUGCCAGAAACAUCGGCUCCAAGGAGACCAAAGCUGCCAUGAAAAGACUGGACCGUCGAAUGAAGGCAAUUAAGCACAUGCGUUUCUUGUGGAAGCGCGGUAUCUUGAAGCGAGGGCAGAAGAUUCCGCGGAUGCCUGAUAAGCAAGUCGAGGCAUCCGAGACACAAACCGUAUCAACACUUGUGCGAGCCCGUGACGGACUGCUCCAGGUUGUGCCAAGCCGACGGCGUGUGAACAGAAGGGCGGACCGACCGGAGAACGCUCCUGUGCAGCCAGCGCGGCUGAGUUCGCACGAAGCACCAGCGGCAUCGCAUCGGCGACGGCGUACUGUGAUGUAG